AUGCUUCUCUACUUUCUCAUCUCAUGUCUCUCUUUCUUGUUCUUGUCCAAAUCUUUAUCUCUUCCUCCAUGGGCAUCUGAAACCAAAACCUUGCUCUCUUUCUACCUCUCCAAGAACCUCUUCUUCACCAACAACACUCUGCAUCCAACCACAAAACCUGAUCUAGCCUCUCCUGUGCCACUAGACCAUAUGUCAAUACUUGACCUCCCUGACCUGGCUCUCGACCGCAUUCUUGAUCUUCUUCCACCUUCUGGACUCUCUAGUAUGGCUAUGGUUUGUAGCUCCUUGAGGGAGAGGUGUGUGAGUGAUCAUCUAUGGGAGAAACACUUGAUGAACAAAUGGGGAAAGAUCAUUGGCCCUGCUGCUCAUAGAGAGUGGAAAUGCUAUCUCUCUUCCUCGUGUUGUCUUGAUUCUCCUCGUCAUUACCAAACUGGUCAUCAUCCUCUUGGGUUUGACACAAUUAUCUCUUGUCUUCGAUCUAUUUCUUCUGUUUUAAGAGAUGAUAAUAGAGAGAGGAAGGCUCUGCCUGUUGAUUCAACCAUGAGCUUCUACAUGUCCCUUGAAACUGGUCGUUUUUGGUUCCCAGCUCAAGUUUAUAACCGUGAGAAUGGGCAUGUAGGGUUCAUGUUGUCAUGCUAUGAUGCAGAGCUCAGCUAUGACACUCUCACUGAUACUUUUCAAGCAAGGUAUCCACCACAUGGUAGAAGAGCAGUUGCGAUUGAGAAGGGAGUGACAUGGGAGAGGCUAAGAGCAGCUCCCCUUGAGGCAUCUCCUCAUCAACUUCAUGUGUCAGAGUCUUUAAACGAGUUGAAACCUGGAGAUCACAUUGAGAUUCAGUGGAGAAGGAACAAAGAGUUCCCUUAUGGAUGGUGGUAUGGUAUCGUUGGCCAUUUGGAAUCGUGUGAUGGGGAUCUCAACCAUUGUCAUUGCCAUCUUAGCGAGACGGUGGCGUUGGAGUUCAACCAGUACACAGUGGGAUCAAGGUGGAGAAGAACGAUGAUCAGCAAGAGAGAUCAUAGAGAGGAAGGUAACGAGGAAGAUGGAUUCUAUGGAGGAAUCCGAAAACUAAGUUGUAAAGAAGAGAUUGCAAUGUGGACACGUCUCUGGCCAUCCUCCAACUUGGAGUAG